UGGACUCCUGCAGCACCCAGCUGGGGGAGGAGCCCUUCUCCUACGGCUACGGCGGCACCGGCCGCAAAUCCACCGAGGGCAAAUUCCAGAGCUACGGAGACACCUUCGGAGAGAGCGACGUCAUCGGCUGCCUGGCGGAUUUCGAGGCGGGCGAGGAGGUGGAGCUGUCGUUCCUGAAGAACGGGCGCUGGCAGGGCGUGGCGUUCCGCGUGCCCAAGGCGGCGCUGGCGGGCCGGGCGCUGUUCCCGCACGUGCUGGUCAAGAACUGCGCCGUGGAGUUCAACUUCGGCCAGCGGCCCGAGCCCCUGCGGCCCCUGCCCCCGGGAUUCCGGCUCAUCCAGCACCUCCCGCUGGGACAGCGCCUCCGCGGGACCCUGGGACCCAAGAGCAAGGCCGAGUGCGAGCGCCUCCGCGGGACCCUGGGACCCAAGAGCAAGGCCCAGUGCGAGAUGCUGAUGAUGGUGGGGCUGCCGGCGGCCGGCAAGACGACGUGGGCGGUGAAGCACGCGGCCGCCAACCCCGGCAAGAAGUACAACAUCCUGGGGACAAACGCCAUCAUGGACAAGAUGAGGGUGAUGGGUCUCAGGAGGCAGCGGAACUACGCGGGCCGCUGGGACGUGCUGAUCCAGCAGGCCACGCAGUGCCUGAACCGCCUGAUCCAGAUCGCAGCCAGGAAACGCCGCAACUACAUCCUGGACCAGACGAACGUGUACGGCUCGGCGCAGCGGCGGAAGAUGCGGCCGUUCGCGGGGUUCCGGCGCACGGCCGUCGUGGUUUGCCCCACGGACCAGGAGCUGCGGCUGCGCACGGCCAAGCGCACCGACGAGGAGGGCAAGGACGUGCCCGAGCACGCCGUGCUCGAGAUGAAGGCCAACUUCACUCUUCCGGAGGCGGGCGAGUUCCUGGAGGCCGUGCAGUUCGUGGAGCUGCAGCGGGACGAGGCGGCGGCGCUGGUGCGGCGCUACAACGCCGAGGGGCGCGGCGCCGCGGCCGCCGGCAGCGCCGGAACGCGCCGGAACGAGCCCGGACACGGCUCCGGAACCUUCCACGGCCGCGGCUCCGGAACCUUCCACGGCCGCGGCUCCGGAACCUUCCACGGCCGCGCCUUCCCGGGACACCGCGGCUUCCGCGCGGCCGGGAACGGCAACGGUGAGCGGCGGCCUGCGGCUUUGUGGGGAUUUUGUGGGAUUGCCGUGGGAUCCGGGUGGAGGAUCCCAUAGGAUUCCCGUAGGAUUCCCAUAGGAUUCCCAUAGGAUCCAGGUGUAGGAUCCCAUAGGAUUCCUGUAGGAUUCCCAUAGGAUCCAGGUGUAGGAUCCCUGUAGGAUUCCCAUAGGAUCCAGCUGGAGGAUCCCAUAAGAUCCCCGUGGGAUUCCCAUA